UUUGUUUUUUAACUACUAAUCAGAGAAGCAGAUAAAAUGUAAAGGGAUUUUCACAAUGGAAGAGCAAAUCAAAGAAAAUGGUGGAGGAGAACUCACCAUUUUUUGUCUUGGUUUUUUUUUCCUGUGCCUUUUUUUGCGAAGCCCUCCUGCUCAAUUCCUCUUUUUUGAUCCCUUUCUCUUUGUUUUAGUUUUGCUCUCAGCAAGGGUGCUUCGCUGUAUCAAUGACGAGCCAUCCUUACCCAGCUAUGCGCUCGACAACUGCAGCCAAGAUCGCUUCCUCUCUCCUUUCCCCACCCCCCUCCAAUUUUUUGGCUCUGUGUGUGAUGGGAAAGGGGGCUGCGCGAUGACACGUGAUGGGAUCGCCAAGAUUGUAGCAAGGGGAGAGGGGAAUCAAGCUAAUUGUCUAAAGAUCCGCCCCUCCCCCAAGAAAAGUUUCGGCCAGUGCAAAGAAUCACGACCUGAAUUUGAUCCCGAUUUCUCUCUCUAAUCACGGGGGGUUAGGGGUUUCUGAGGUUGAAGACGAUGUGGUUAUUUUCAGAAUUAUCCCCGUAGUUUAUUUUUAUUCUAUAUCACCUAUCUGGACGGCGCGGAAGGACUAAAAGGGUAAGGACAAAACUGAUUUGUUUUCACUGGACCCCUGUUUUCUAUCUUCCAUUGCUUCUUUUCUUUUUUCAGUCCAAAAUGACUAGCGCACAGCGUCAGAUUCUCCCGUCAGCGGAUCCACACGCGGGGCAACAACAACCAAAUCCGGUGGGCGGACGGGGAACUUGAGGACGGAGGAUGGUGGUGGAGUUCCCCAUCACCUUGCGGGAGCUCUACAGGAACGCCAUCACGAACUGAAUUUCAGAUUUGGCAUUAGGAGUUGCUAAUAACUCGAAGGGAACAAGGAAAUUGUUGGCUUUCUUCAAUACAUCCAACCAAUAGAAUUUUAUAUCAACCAUGGCUGAGCAGGCAAGAGCAGAUUUUGCAACAAAGCUCUCACUACGGAAAUUCAUGGCGACGGCGCAGCGUGUAACUCUAGAUCAAAGGCACCUUGCCCGUAGCAUGGGCCUGGAUCAUCUGCUUGACCUAAAAUGUGAUACUCUGCCGCGCGGUGUCGUUCAUUAUCUGGCAUCAAACUUUGAUGUACCCUCAAGGGCUAUUGAACUCCCCAAUGGGUUCAAGUUCACAAUCACACCCUACUGCAUACACCAGGUCCUGGGGAUACCACUUGGCGGCAGAACCAUAGAGAAGAAGCAAAACCCAGCUCUUAGAUCACUGAUUGCUCAACAGACAAAAUGCAAAGGAAACUACCCAACCAUAAACGAGCUGGAUAACUUGAUACAACCUGGGCUAGAUGGAGAUUCAUUCAAAAGGAUUUUCACAAUGUAUGCGCUCACCGUGCUCCUCUGCCCUUCAAGCCAUGGGGCUGCUAGUCCAGAUUACUACCACAUUCUGGAAGACCCUGAACAGAUUGGCUCAUUCGACUUCUGCACGGCUGUCCUUGACAAGCUUGUGGCGUCAAUUGAUAGCUACAAGACUGGAGCCACAACGGUGCUCGGCGGGGAUCUCUUAACACUCACGAUCAUAUACUUUGAAUUUCUUGACACCGACAUCAUGCCGGUCACAAGCAAGCGGCCACGGAUUUCACUUUGGACGUCUGAAAUUGUAGCAGAAUAUGAAAGGCGAGACUGCACAAGCAGCGAUAAAUUGCUUUACGGCAGGCUCCCGACAAAGCGUGUCUCGGAAACACCCUUCGGUCAAAUCAACAGACAGCCAAAAGUCACACUAGGUGCCUCGUAUGAUGAACUCCUGCAGUUCACCCUCUCAAUUGUUCCAGAGGAAAACCACCAGAUGGUUUUAGACGAGCUUCCAAAGAUUAUGCAUAGCAUGCAGAGCGAGCUUUUUGAUUCAAUGCAAAAUGUACUCGCCAAGAACUUUAUGAACCUGCUGAAACUGAUGUCGUCAAUGCAUUCUUCAUCGCCUAGCAAAAAACAGAAUAGCACAGACAAAGAUUCAAGGUGCGUGCCCAUUUCAGAGGCUCCGACGGUUCCUUGUGGUAGCCACUCCAGCUUGCAAAUGACAAGUACCACACUGGCUGAAAGAAAACAGGAUAAGCCUGAAGCAAAAACAGGGGUAGAAUGUGGCUCAGGGCAGGAAACAGAGCACGUUUUUACAGCUGAAGAAACAAAGCCAUUGUCUGAAGUACAAAGGAAGAACAACAAAGCCCCCGUACCCGUGCUCUUGAGUUUUGAGGAUACAAGUGAUGAAGUUUUGGCGGAAUGGGACAAACAAGCAUGUGCCAAUGCCAGGGUACCCAACGUUGAAAGCCUACUUCGAAUAAUUGACACAAUACCAAUUUCGACCGACCUAGACCUGCCGCGCUGCACGGAAGCAUUGGAGGGGAUGUACCCACAGAAGGUGCAGGUUGGAGAUACCGAGGCUGAACCUACCCACAUUUUUAGCUUGCUUUCUUAUGUUCUUGACGAGAAAGCAUUUUGGCACCGACCGCUGAGUCCACGAGAGCCAGAUUUAUUAACCUGCAGGGAGCUCAAUCUAUUUGAAGAAUGGAAGGUCUCUACCAAGGUUGAUGGUAGUGAAGGUCCAACCAGCAGUGACCCUAUCAGGACGACAGAGGACAUCACUAAUAGAAACAAAAGGACGACAUGCAUGUCCUUAAACGAGACGGCUGACAACUGCGUUGCUUUGAAAAAAAGGGCAAGGAUGUUUUAGAACACAGAUGAGCUGUCGAGCAACAUUCAUCAUGAGAUGCCACACACUUUAGGAACUGUAAGCGCAUCAUCACACAAGAAAGAUCAGUCGUCAAGCGACGCUAAUCUUGGUCAGAUCCAACAAACACCAGUCCAUGGCACCUCUUCAGCUACCAACAAAGACUUCCCAUGGGACGACCCUGAUAUGGUAGCGCAGUUGAUCGAGUCUACCGAUAGGAUUGAGGAAGAGUGGUUUUCACAACAAAGACAAACUCAGUAUAC